AUGUUUUCAAACCUCGAAAUGCCAUCUCUGGUGAAGAACUCCAUUAGAGAUGGGCUCAAGAAUUUUGACUCAAAUGGCAAUUACGGCGAUAUUCUUGUGGCCGUCCGGUCGUCCGCCUGUGGCGAAGACUCUGAGGACAUGUCAGCCGCCGGACAAAUGACCACAUAUUUAGGUAUUAAGGGUUUGGAUGAUAUAUGCAAUUGUGUGUUGAAGUGCUGGUCCUCUCAAUUCAACAUAAUUGCUGUCGAGUAUAAGAGAGGUUACGGACAGACAAUCAACACUCCGAUGGCUGUUGUGGUUCAGGAGAUGAUUGAUUGCGAUGUCGCCGGAGUUAUGUUCACUUGUGAUCCCAUCACUGGAAUGCCUAAUAAAAUAUCAAUUAAUGCUAAUUAUGGCAUCGGAGAAAGUGUUGUUUCUGCGACUAUAAACCCGGAUAACAUUAGUCUAUUAGUGGAUAUGAAUUGCAAUUCAUAUGACACGGAAAGGUCUAUCAAAUCAAUCGAUAGUAUAGUAAUUGGAGCGAAAGAAUCUGCGAUAAGAAUAAGCAAAACCUCGGACUCUGGAACUGAAGUCGAGUCCAACGUUUCUGUUGCAGACAAAUGUUGUUUAAGUGACCAACAAAUUACAAAAUUGGGAAAUAUUGGACUCAAAAUACAACAAUCUUUCGGUUGUGAACGCGAUAUCGAAUGGGGUCUAAAGGAUAGCAAAUAUUAUUUGUUUCAGUCGAGACCAGUCACACACCUUCACUCGUUGAAUGAAUGGGAACUGACCCACGAGUUUGACACGGGUCAUCUCGAUGAGACCGAGUAUAAUACUAGGGCUAAUUUGGGUGAAGUAAUGCCGGGCGCACUAUCGCCAUUGCACUUGACAUCCCUGGCCAGAGCCUUGUGGUUACACGUCUCGCUAUCAUUCUUCGAGUUUGCGCCCGAAGAACACGAAAGCUUUACACAUAAAUCAUUAGUGUUGGCCGCGUUUGGGCACCCGGUUGAAGAUGAGGGGCUGAGAGUGGAUGCGUUUGAGAGGACUGGUAUCCCGUCUUUCAAAGUAAAUCUUUCCAAACAAAAGGCUGCUCUCAAGAGCUUAUUCUCUAAGAAAGAACUCAAAUCUCUUAUUAAAAGAAAAGAUGACGUGAAAACAAAUAGCAAUUUAUUGACUGAUUUCGCGAAUGUAUUGUCGAUGACCGGCAAUAAUAUAGUGAGCGCCGACGUGCCGGCGGCCAUGAGAUCUCUCGCCAAAUCCAUUAAAGAGCCACAAGUUUUCAAACAAAUGACUCCCGAAGAGGCUCUUCAAUGGCUUGAGAAUAAUACUGAAGAGUCGGGACAACUGUACAAAGAGUUUAUUAAAAACUUUGGCUUUAGAGGGUAUAAGGAGUGGGACAUUAUGUCGAUCACUUGGUCCGGCAAUAAGCAGAUGUUAGUGACAACCCUUCAGAUGAUGGUUCCGUUGAAAGAGAAUUCAAAUCAAGUGAUUCUAACAAAAGAUGAACUCAUUUCUCGAAUCAAGACUCCGAUCACAAGAAAUCAAAAAUAUUUGCUCAAGAAUUGGAUACUCCCGGCCUGUCAGAGGUCGGUGGCCGACAGGGAGGAGUCAAAGCUGUUUGAUAUCAAAUGUGUGGAUAAAUUCAGACAAUUGUUGAAUAAAAUGGGAGAAAUGAUGAGCUAUAGGGAGGGGCGACUCCCAGAACCAGAUCUGGUAUUCUUCUUGACUUUACACGAGUUGAAUGUUUUGNCAUGA